AUGGCAGCGGCUGGGGCAUCUGCUGCCGUUCUGGCGCUGGGAGCCCGAAUCGCGCUGCUGAGGCCGCCAGUGGGUCUGCCCCUACGGCGCUUCUAUCGCACCGAGAAGGGCGUGUACGGUUACAAGCCAAGCCGGAAAGCGGAGAGCGGGACCGGUGAUGGCGUAGAGCGAAAGGAUCCUUCCCGGCAAGCAGUUGACCAUGGACUGGCUCGCUUAGUCGCUGCAUACUAUGAACAUGGACACAAAGCUGCAAAAAUCAACCCUCUGUUUACUGGCCAAGCUGUGAUGGAUAUGGUACCUGAAAUUCAAGUUCUAACAGAAGCACUGCAAGGACCUUUUAAUACUGUAGGACUUUUGAAGAUGGGAAAGGAGGAAGCAUCCCUUGAGGAUGUAUUGUCUUACCUGGACCAUAUAUAUUGUGAACAUAUGUCUAUAGAGACUAGUCAGCUGUCAAGUUUACAAGAAAGGGAAUGGAUUGCAAAGCGCUUUGAGGAGCUGAAACAAGAAGCAUUCACUACAGAAGAGAAAAAGUACUUGUCCAAGCUCAUGCUAGAAUCUCAGGAAUUUGAUCAUUUUUUGGCUACAAAGUUUGCCACAGUGAAAAGAUACGGUGGUGAAGGAGCAGAGAGUAUGAUGGGAUUCUUUCAUGAAUUGUUAAAGAUGUGCUCUUAUGGCGGGGUGACAGAUAUUAUCAUUGGAAUGCCUCAUCGAGGCAGACUCAAUCUCCUCACAGGCCUUCUUCAGUUUCCACCCGAGCUGAUGUUCCGUAAAAUGAGAGGCUUGAGUGAAUUUCCAGAUAAUUCCCCAGCGAUUGGAGAUGUGCUCUCCCACCUGACAGCCUCAGUAGAUCUGGACUUUGGGUCUCAUCGCCCCAUUCACGUCAUUCUGCUACCAAACCCGUCUCAUCUAGAGGCCAUUAACCCUGUGGCAGUUGGCAAAACAAGGGGGAGACAGCAGUCUCUGCUUGAUGGAGAUUACUCUCUGGACAGUUCCGCACAGCCUGGAGAUAAAGUCAUCUGCCUCCAGGUUCACGGUGAUGCUUCUUUCUCUGGUCAAGGCAUUGUUCCUGAAACGUUUACACUUUCCAAUCUGCCACAUUUUAGAGUAGGUGGAAGUAUCCAUCUCAUUGUUAACAACCAGCUGGGCUACACCACUCCAGCAGAGCGAGGGAGGUCCUCUUUGUACUGCAGUGAUAUUGGCAAGAUAGUAGGCUGUGCAAUUAUCCAUGUGAAUGGGGAUGACCCUGAAGAAGUAAUCCGAGCUGCCCGAUUAGCUGUUGAAUACCAGCGCCAGUUUCGUAAAGAUGUGAUUGUGGAUUUGCUCUGCUACCGGCAGUGGGGACACAAUGAACUAGAUGAGCCAUCCUUCACUAACCCCACCAUGUAUAAAAUCAUCAGGUCCCGUAAGAGUAUUCCGGACAAAUACGCAGAGUAUCAAAUAGCACAAGGGCUCAUGACAGAGGAAGAAGUGUCUGACAUAAAGACUGCCUAUUAUUCCAAGCUGAAUGAGCAUCUUGCCAACAUGACUUUGUACACGCCUCCUUCCACCAAUCUUCAGGCUCACUGGAGUAGCAUGGUGGAGCCUCUGCCAAGAAUCACCACUUGGGAUACCGGCAUACCAGUGCCGCUUCUACAGUUCAUUGGAGCCAAGUCUGUGAAUGUGCCAGAAGAGAUGCAGCUGCAUGGUCAUAUCCUGAAGACGCAUGCCCAGUCAAGAAUGCUGAAAAUGGAAGAAGGAGUAAAGUUAGACUGGGCCACAGCUGAAGCAUUAGCAUUUGGUUCUCUACUCUGUCAAGGUUUUAAUAUCCGUCUAAGUGGACAAGAUGUUGGCAGAGGAACCUUCAGCCAGCGGCACACCAUGCUGGUUUGCCAAGAGACGGGUGAAACCUACAUCCCCUUGAAUCACAUGUCUCUGGAUCAAAAAGGCUUUCUUGAGGUGAGCAACAGUCCCCUCUCAGAAGAAGCUGUGCUUGGUUUUGAGUAUGGAAUGAGCAUUGAAAGCCCCAACUUGUUGCCCAUUUGGGAGGCUCAGUUUGGUGAUUUCUUUAAUGGAGCUCAGAUAAUAUUUGAUACCUUUAUCUCUGGAGGAGAAGCAAAAUGGCUUUUACAGAGCGGAAUAGUAAUUCUUCUUCCUCAUGGCUAUGAUGGGGCAGGCCCAGAACAUUCUUCUUGUCGGAUUGAACGUUUCUUGCAGAUAUGUGAUAGCUCAGAGGAGGGUGUUGAUGGUGACCACAUUAAUAUGUUUAUUGUACAUCCAACAACCCCAGCACAGUAUUUCCACUUGCUCCGUAGACAGAUGGUUCGAAACUUCCGGAAACCACUAAUUGUUGCUUCCCCCAAAACUCUGCUCAGGUUGCCUGCUGCUGUGUCAAGCUUACAAGAAAUAGCCCCAGGAACAACAUUCAAACCAGUUAUUGCUGAUUCAACAGUGGAUCCUAAAAAUGUCAGCAGAGUGGUUCUCUGUUCCGGAAAACAUUUCUAUGCACUGGCAAAACAUCGGGAAAUGCUUGAGGAAAAGAAGCAGAAUACUGCAAUUAUCAGAGUAGAAGAACUGUGUCCUUUCCCACUAGAAGCUCUGCAGCAGGAGAUGUACAAAUUUACUAAUGCCAAAGCAUUUAUCUGGAGUCAGGAGGAGCCACAAAACAUGGGGCCCUGGACAUUUGUGUCCCCAAGGUUUGAGAAACAACUGGCUUGUAAGCUGCAACUUGUAAGCAGACCAGCCUUACCAGCACCUGCUGUGGGAAUUGGAACAUUACACCAAAAGCAACAGGAAGACCUUCUCACCAAAACAUUUGCUUGACACUUACAUAUGUCAUCAUUUUUAAAAGUUAAAACAAGAAACAGCAGGCAGGAAAAUGAUGCACCUCAGCUUGCUUGUAAGGUAUGCUGCUUAACAUUAUUAGAUACAAUCCAGUCAAGACUGAAAUAGAUUUAAAACCUCAUUCCUUUCAGUGUAGAUUUAAGCAUGUGCUUAAACCUCUGCUGAGGAAAUUCAUGGCACUUAAUUUUAUCUAGAUGAUACCCAUUGCAAUUUGCUUACAAGUAAAUGUGAUUUCAAUACUAUUUUAAAAAGAAUUGUGAAAUACCUUGCAUUUGAGUUUACAUCAUGAUCAAAAAAAUCUCCUACUUAUGUGCACUUUGCAUUUAUCUCACUUGUGAGAUUUUGCAUUUUCAAUUACCUAAAGCAGAACAUCUUAAUCAAGCAGGAAGAUGAAAUGCUUCAUUUUCAUUAAAUGACUCUUUUGGGGAUGGCUGGAAUGAGAAUACACUUAAACGUAUACAGUUAUGUGUAUUUAUUUUUAAAAUGCAUUUUGCUUCUUAUAAUGCUUAAGGGCUUUUUUAAAAAAAAUACAAUGUUUGAAUCAUGGGAAACUAUUGUAUCUUAUUCUUUUUUAAAACGGUUAGGCUAAUAAACAAAAAACCCUGUGCGAAAGUUGUAGUACAGGCCUACUUGACACAAACAACAGAUGUAGUAAACAAGAAAAUUCCUGCUUCAAACUAUGAUUGGAAUCAUUCUGCUGUAUUUUUCUCUAUGGAAAAAAGUCUCUGCAUGCACAGAAUUAGCACUUUGUUCCUGAUAUCUAGGGUUUUCUUGUACCAGAAAUUUGAUUUAUUGGCAGUAAUAUGCAUUCUUCUAUCUACAAUUGGAAGUGGUACAUUCCAGAAAUAGUUUUAACACCUAUUCUGCUGUUUGUUUGAACUUGGACUUAAGUCUCAAAGAGUGUAUAUCAGUGGAAAAUAUCAACUAUUCUGAAAGCAGAUCAUUUUCUCAUGCCUGUGUGCCAAUAGAGGCAGAUGGAAAGACUUCUGAAGAAAAAAAUGAUUGGUACUGUACAUCAUGUAAUGUUUAGGUUAGCAUGUCUGGUUAGCAUUUUUUCAAUUUUAAGCUCCAUUUAACCCAGUUCUUCUGUUUGCUUUUAAAUGUUUUCAUUGCAUUUCCCGUAUCUACAAUCCAAGCCUUUCAUGAUUGUGAAGUUCGUUUCCUAAUCAGUAAUUAUAGAAACAAUACAGUUUUGUAUUUUUUUAAUCCUGAUGAAUUUCUUUUCUGUCUUAUCAGAAUUUUUGAAGGAUCUGCCCAUGAUCUGUAUUUUUUCCACUGUGGGCCUUUAGCAGUUUCUGGUAGAUGAUUUAGAUUGGAAAAUAUUGUGGAGGGCAUGUUAACCUGCUAUUCACAAUGUCACUAUUGUCAUAUUCAGAGUGCCUUGCUUCUGCUUGAAACUUAAAAUCACCAAACCAUUCAAUGAUAUAAUCUUGGAUCACCCAAGCUAUCCAUAGUUUGUAAGUUCCAAGGGUGCUUGCCAUGGCAUUUUUUAAACAGGCGGUUUCAAAUUAACUUUCUUCUAAGAGGAGGACUCUUCCAGUUUUCCUAAAUUGCUGCUUUCUUAGAAGGUAAGAAAGAGAUACAGAAUAAAUUAUGUUCUCUUGUAAUAAAAAUGAAUCCUUUGGGUCACUUUAAGUCCUGAAUUUUUUUUUACUCCAAGAGAAGACUUUAAUGGCUGGUUUUGUAUACAGGCUGAUAAGCAGGAUACUUGCCCUCUGAUGUUUUCCAUCCCUUUCUUGUCUUAUGGAGAUGCAUGUGCCUAUAGGCAAUUUGCCAAGACCCCUUUCCAAACUGGCAAUGUAGGGGGGAAAAAAGCAGUCUCCCUAUUCUGGGGUUAUGCCUAAGCUACAUGAAACCACAGCAGACUCUGAUGAGCUCAGCGAUUGUCUCCUAAAUUGGUGAAUACAUUAACAAUGGCCAAAGAAAUCUAGUUCACCAAAGGAAAAUCUAUCAGCGUUUAGCUCUAUAGAGUUUCUGACAAUAAAACUUAUAGAGCUAUGGCCCUUGUAUACCUGGAUGACAUGUAAUUUGCAAGGGUACAACUUAAUGAAAAUGUUACCUGGAGCUAAGGAAACAAGUUGUGAAUUUGCUGUCAUGUAUAUAAAAUCUUUGUUUGUUGAA